ACCUGGAAAUGCGUCAUAAGACGGGUCCAACACUAGAAAACGAUAUUACGUCUAACGCGAAAGAGCAUAGUUUUAAAUAGGUUUAGACCGAAUAUUACUCCAUAAAACAACUCAAAAAAGGCCAAGCCAUGUCUCCUCCACCUAAAAAUCAGAUAGAACUGAUUGAUCCAUCACAAAUCUAUCGUCCCGAAGAAGCAUUUGACGAAUACAAUAGAGAAAAGACCAAGCUUAUAAGUAGAACAAAUAAAGAUCAAGAGGACUUUAGAAAUUAUGAAGAAAACUUGAAUACAGAUGCUGUUAGAAAAACCUAUACUCUAAUGCAUACGUAUCAAACUAUGGACUUUGUUAAGGACAAGAUAGCAAAAUGGGGCAGUCUCUCCCAAACAAGAAUGCCAGUAAUGGAAGCAAUUUUCAUGUUAGAUGCUUUCAUUGACGAAAGUGACCCAGACACAGACCUUCCCAAUUCUAUUCAUGCAUUCCAAACUGCAGAAAGAAUCCGCGAGACUCAUCCUGACAAGGAUUGGUUUCACCUGGUUGGUCUUCUCCAUGAUCUCGGCAAGGUUCUGGCUCUUUGGGGGGAGCCUCAGUGGGCGGUUGUUGGUGACACAUUCCCUGUUGGGUGCAAGUUUUCAAGCAAGAUUGUCUUUGCAGAUACGUUUAUAAACAACCCGGAUAAUCUUCAUCCAAACUAUACCUCCAAGUAUGGAAUUUAUGGAGCUAAUUGUGGUCUUGACAAUGUUACUAUGUCCUGGGGUCAUGAUGAAUACAUGUACCGUGUGCUCAAGGGUAACAAUUGCACUAUUCCAGAAGAAGGACUGUACAUGAUCAGGUACCACUCAUUCUAUCCCUGGCACUGUUCUGGUGAAUACAACUAUCUCUGCAAUGACCAUGACAAGGAGAUGCUACCUUGGGUCUUGGAAUUCAACAAAUUUGAUCUAUACUCUAAAUCAGAUGGACUCCCAGACGUCGAUGCUAUCAGGCCAUACUAUGAAGGUUUAAUCGCUAAGUAUUGCCCUGGAGAACUACAGUGGUGAAACCCGUGGCAAAAAUAAGAUUAAUAUUGCACAGGAUAAAGUUAAUAAAAAUUUAUUUGUAAAUAUUUAAGUUGCACAAUAAUAUAUGAUGGGAUGUGAAAAAUAUCAUUCCCAUAGAGGUAAGAGUUUCCAAUGUAUUAUAUAUCUAUAAUGUAACUGAUACAGCUGUACGUGUAAAUGAUGCAGAUGGUGCUAAUACGGUGAUGAUGAUGAUGAUGAUGAUGAUAGGAUGAUAACAAUGGGUGUUUUAGCCCCCAGUGGUUUAGUCCCACCUUCCAGUGGUUUAGCCUCACUCUUUAAAUGUGAAUAUUAAAUGGUGAUGAUGAUGAUGAUGAUGGGAAGAUGACGAUGAUGAUUAUGUUGCCAUUGAUGAUGGUGAUGAUAAUUAUGUUGACAAUGAUGAUGGGAAUAGUAUGAUAACAAUGCUGAUGUUGUCAAUGAUAGAAUGAUGAUGAAGAUGCUGAUGUCAGUACCACAGUAAUGAUUAUGUUGACAAUGAUGAUGAGAUGAUUAGGAUGAUGGUGAAACGAUAUGAUGAAUGACAAUGCUGAUGUUGCCAAUGGUAAUAUGAUGAUGGGAUGAUGAUGGUAAUGAUAGUAAAGUAAAUGCUUCUUUCAUGAGUUUUGACAAACUUAAAUUCCUAUAGCUCUCUUCAGUCCAAUAACCAUAACAACAGUAUAAUUGCCUAGAUGGGUCCAGGCUUCAAAAUCCACACCUUUAAUCAUAGAGUAGACUUAACUACAGUGGUAAUGAACAUGUGCAAUUGUAUGAAAACUAUAAAUAAUACUGUACUAUAUAAUUACAACUGAGCUUGGACCACACUGAUUACAUAAUACCUUGGCACAGCUUAUAUACAACUCAUUAACAUAUAGACCCAGGCCUCUAGGAAUAUAUUUCUCUCUCCAUUCCAACUCGCAAGCUCCUUGUUCAUUACAAGAUAAAUCUAAUUAAUGAUAAGUAAGAAGUAAUGUAAGAAAAAAAUCCAGUGAUGAUAAUAAUUUUAUAUUCAUGUUAAUUAUUUUUAAUUUUUACUGCAUUUCUGAGGUGUUUGCUUGUAAUAAUUAUUGUAAGAUUAAAGUUUUCAUUUUUAUGUA